AUGUGGGACCGGGCUGGUCAGGACGAGGCGCUGCAACUUCGUGGCAUCGAGUUCCUCUUCGCACAGCAGACGCAGGCGAAGCACGAAGCACAAGCCAAAGAGCUCACGGAGGCCGGCGCGGCCAGCGCAGACGCGUCGCCGGCGAUGAGGCGGAGCCUCGAGGCUGCCAUCGCAGUCUUCGCCAACCAUCAGGCCAACUGGAACUUGCUGCUAAAGGCGUCGCAGUUCCUGUCGGUCCUUCUGGCUGAGCCCUCAGCGCAGCAGCUGCUUCCCCAGGCGGUGGUGCGCAGCGCCGCGGAGGCCGUGCUGGCCGCGAGCGCUCAGCUGAGCGAGGCCCAGACUGCCGCUGCUCCUCAGGGGGCGGGACCCACUCCCGCAAAGCUCAUUACCUGGCUGUUGUCUCUUUUGGCCCUGCUGCUGCCCGCGGUGGAGCCUUGGCUGCGGCAGAAGCAGCAGAGCCAGGAGUUCGUGAAGACUCUGCUGAAUGCGGUCAUUAGUAGGCUCCUCACCGAGUCUGAGCUCCCUGCAGAGGCUGUGAUCUUGAAGAGUGUGCAGCUGAUACCGCUAUUGCCGAUGGAGUCCUGGAUACAGCAGGCAUGCCUCGACAGCGGCGCAAUACACUCUUUUGCGCUGGCACGACAGCGUGUCGUUGCAAAGAAAGGAGGAGAUCAGCUGGACCCCACGCUCGCCAAGGCAGUGCAGAGUGCCAUUCGCAUGGUGCCGGGAGCUCAGGCGUAG